AUGAACAUCACACGUGUCCUUUUCCUGCUCUUAUUGUGGAAAGCGGAUCCGUGCGUAAAACCCCUGGCCUCUCCACACCGGGAACCAGCCUCCCCCGGUCCCCCAGAGAACAGCCCCCCUCUCCCCACGGGACUGGCCUCUCCUUCGGGGGUCAGAGAUUUAGGUCCUGAAGAUGGCGGCCGUCUCUCUCGCUCCAGUUCCGGCUCUGGAGAGCGACGCAGAAGGGUCCUCAGUCUCACCAGUUGUUUUGCUGGAGGAGUAUUCUUCGCCACGUGUCUCCUGGACCUGCUCCCGGACUAUCUGGAGGGCAUCAACAAGGCCUUCAGCAAUGCUGGUAUCACGCUGCAGUUCCCGCUCCCAGAGUUCAUCAUAGCCAUGGGAUUCUUCAUGGUCCUGAUCCUGGAGCAAAUCAUGUUGUCCUUCAAACACAGCGCCUCCUUGUCUGGACCUGAGGAGCGCCGGUCUCUGCUGGACUCGGGGCAGGAUUUGAGCCAGGACUCGGGCCAUGGUCAUGGUCAUAGUCACGGUCACUCCCAAUUGGAUUUGUCCCCUCAGUCUGCUCUGCGCGCCUUCAUCCUGGUCUUCUCCCUUUCUCUGCACUCAGUGUUUGAAGGCCUCGCUGUGGGACUAGUGGAGCAGGACAAAGAGGUGCUGGAGCUCUCGCUGGCGUUGCUGAUCCACAAAAGCCUGAUAGCGCUCAGCCUGUCGUCACGGCUACUGGAGGGUGGCGUGCGACGUGCACUGUGUGCGGGCUGCGUGCUGCUGUUUGCGGUGAUGACGCCUCUCGGCAUUGCAGUCGGUGUCGGGUUCACGGAGGAGACGCGUUCGUCGCCUCAUCAACAGAUGGUGCGCAGCUCUUUGGAGGGUGUCGCCACGGGAACCUUCUUCUACAUCACCUUCAUGGAGAUCCUGCCACACGAGCUGCAGGGGGCGCCACAGCACAACAUGCCCAAGUCGGACAUGUCGGGAGCAGGCUGCGGGCCCGGGCCUGGGGCCGCCGGGGGCCCCUCCACAGGGGCCUCCAACCCGCGAAAGUUUAGCGAGAAGAUUGCGCUCCACACGCAGCGCCAGGCGGAAGAAACUGCGGCGUUUCAGGAGGUCAUGAUGGACAUCAGCUCCACCAGGCUCCAGGCUCAGAAGCUGCGUUUGGCCCGAAACCAGGGUCCGUACUAUGGAGGCUCUCUGCCCAACGUUAACCAGAUCGGGAGGAACCCCCAGGAGUACCAGGGCUCGUUCUCGUCGGCGCUGGACUCUAGUCGCUCCACACGACAUCACGGUUUAGUGGAGAGAGUCCAGAGAGAGCGGCGCUUCAUGUCCCCAGUGCGGCCGUACCGCAACAGGCCUGUGGACAACUCUCCGUACAACGCCUCGUACCUGUCGCCGCCCCCGGACCCCAGCUGGAGGAGGAACUGGUGUGGAAACUUCGCGGGGGACAAAAGCCAGUUGUUCCGUCUGCCCACAACAGCACUGAACAGGACGAACUCGGACUCCGCUCUUCACACCAGCGUCAUGAACCCACCUGCAGCAGACCCCUUCACUACUGGGGGGCACACUCUGACCCCCCAGAACAACCGGAGGACUGGUCAGAACGAUGUGGAAAGAGCCAGAAUGUUCCCGUACCCUGUUCCCCCGAUCGAAGAGAACGUGCUGAAUGACGGGAAACUACUGAAGCCCUGGGACAACAAGAAGUUUCCCAUGUUGUCGUCUCGGCCCAAAUCCUGCGAAGUCCCAGAUAUAAAUAUCUUCUCGUCUCCGGAGCAACCGUCUCCCGUCCUCCACAACUCAGCCUUAAACACCUUGAACUCUGGAGGCUCGUUACCAGACCUCUCCAUCCUGCACUUCCCCUCCCCUCUGCCCACCCCCCUGGACCAAGAUGAGCCCUAUCCAGGACCCUCCCCUCUGAGUGGGGGCAGCAGCACAGGCAACCUGGCCUCCACACUGACCCAGCUGGGGAUCAAUGCAGGGAGCGGAGGGGGUUACCAACAGCAACACAACACAGGCCUGCUGACCUCUCUCCAGAGCGCGCUCAGUAACCCCUCCCUCCCCUCCUCUCUCAGUAACCCCAACCUUCACUCCUUCACAUCGCUUCACUCGUCAAACUCCAACCCCUCCCUCCAGUCCUCGCUCUCCAAUCCCUCGUUGCAGUCCUCACUAAGCUCCUCCCCCUCAUCGCUCAGCAGCCAAUCCCUGCACUCGUCGCUCAGCAGCUCGUCCCUGCAGUCCGGGGCCGGAAACCCCUCCUAUACUGGCGGAGUGGGCGGUACCUCGCUCAGCACGUCACCACGGCGACGGGCACAGCUGUCACCACUGAUCCUGCCUCUGGGGGCGGAGCCACGAAGACACCACGCCAAACAGUUCUCUCCCACAAUGUCACCCACGCUGUCGUCAAUCACACAGGGCGUCCCGUUGGACACCAGUAAACUCCCUGUGGAUCAGCGCCUGCCCCCGUUUCCCCUGAGCCAGAACCAGCAGAGACUGCACACGCAACAGAUGCAACAGAUGCACAACCUGCGGAACAGCCUGAGCCACCAGCCCCAACACCACUACGCCAACACGCAGAGGGCGCUGAACACACACUCGUCUCCACUCAUCAAGAGUGAGAUGUGUCUUGACCAGUGCGGCUCCUCCACUUCCUGUCCCAACCAGCUCAAACAGGAAGCAGAGUCGGACCAGAGACGGACGCUACCGCAGCUACAGCAGAUCAGCCACAAUCUGGCAACUGAUCUCUACAACGACGCCUUGUUCAACUCGCUCCUGGACGAUCCGUUCCUCAACCUGCAGUUCACGGGAAAAUCCAAUCAACAGUUCUCUCCGGACCCCGGGUCAGAUGGCCUGCAUCACUCUGCUCUGAGCUGCCACGGCCUGGAAAGGACCCACUCUAUGGAGGAUCAGAACCAGAACCAGAGCCACGUCUACGGAGCAGAUACUCGCCACAACGUGCCCAACAUCAUCCUCACAGGCGACUCCCCUCCUGGCCUGUCCAAAGAGAUUGCCAGCGCUCUGUCCCAUGUGCCGGGGUUCGAGAUGGACCCCUUCUCCCUGGACGACCCGCUGCGCAUCGACCCCCUGGCCCUGGACAUGCUGGAGGGAGACCUGAUGUUAGCCGACCCUGCAGUGGAGGACUCCUUCAGAUCGGACCGCCUCAAAUAA